GGAUCACUUCGACUCGCGUACUUUUAAUGGGAUAUCUUAGAAGUUUCCGGACGGGCAUAGGCGGCAGCGAAAGAUCCCACUGACUAUCCUGAUAAUUCAAUGGGGCCUCUUAGGUGACGUUGUAGUGACUUGUGCACACCGCACCUAAAGCCGUUGCGUGACGGUUAUCAACGAAUCAACGACUAUCCAAGAUGAUGCGACCCAGAGACCCCCGUGUCCGCCAGACCAUCAACCAAAUAUCUCAUAACCUCGAAACUGCAAAUGAGACGGCCCAAGAAGGGCUGUAUACCUUCUCCCAUCACUACAUCCUACCAUGCUUUGCGACGAUAGGGAACUGCAUUUACGCAUGUGCCUCACCUUGCCUCCCGAGCCGGGAAGACCAGCUUCGUCGUCGGCGCAGGGGCCGCGCCGAGGCAAUUUUUGACUUCUAUGAUGAUUGGGACAAUGACGAUGCCGACGACGGAUUACUGGGGUGGGGUACUGAUGAGCUUGAUCGCUUAUUAGCAGGCAGUGGGUUGACGCGUGGAAGUUCUGAACAGCCCCGCAGACAACGGAAGAUGAGUUAUGGCACGCGACGGGCAAGGAGAAAAAGUAGCGUGUUAGUUCCAGAUGAUCGGAAUGAUCCGACAGUUAUUCCAAGCUCGUCGUUUCUGGGUUUCCUGGAGCGCUUCCCAUGGAGGUUCGGGGCCCGAGGUUUAAGGUAUCAGCCCUCCGUGGCUGACCUGCAAGAGCAUCCUACCGGACUGCGGAUGCAUGCGCAUGAAGACGAGCCUCUGAUGGAGGCAGAGGAGGAGAAUGAAGGACCGAGUUCCAUUGGCAAAAUCGGAAGGUAUCGCAGUUCAACCCAGUCAUCACGAGAAACUGUAAAUUCUUUGAGUUCGCGCGGUGAUCUGAUCCCUAGCGAUGAGGAGGAAGAUGCAGUACCGUUAGAUGAUGAGUUUGCUAUGGCGUUGGGCAGCCGUCGAGGGACUGGUCUGGAGUCGGAAGAUCAGUUCAGUGAUAAGCCUGCGAGUAUGAGGUCUGUAUCAGGCUCAUUUAGCUUGGCAUCAAAAGAAUCGAAAAAGAAGAGAAAGAAGCGAAGCAGUCGACUACGAUCCCCUCAAAACUCUUAUAUUGAUGUCGCACAGGAUAUCACCGCUCCAUCAAUAGUUGACCUACACAAGGAAGAGGAACAAGCAGAACGCCAGGAAGAAUCAGAGAUCAUAAGGAAACGACUUGCUGCGCGACAGCUGGCUUCAAGUCGCGGCCUGAGUCAAGCGAGAGACCAGUCCACUCCACAACCCCUUGUACUUCCCUCUCCAACUGUCUCUACAGAGACUGCUCUCCCUGAACUUUCCGUUAAUACUCCUCUCGAAUCAGCAGGAGAAAGUGAACUCUCCACCGGAAGAAUGUCUGGCGAUUUUUCGCAGACAGAACCAUUCCCGCCUCUACCGCUGACAUCACCGGCAGCAAGUGAAGGCCUGGAGCCUGAAGGCCAGCCGAACUCAGCAGGAAACAACAAAGAAGAUCCUCCGAAUCAUUGACCUGACAGCAACUAAUAGUCCACGUAAGGAACUCGACACACCGACAUCUAAGUCGAGUGGAUCUUUGGCACCAGAGCUCAUGUACAGGUAAAGCAAGGUGCCGUGACAUCUUGUGCUAUGUGGCAGCCAUAUAGCUUUGUACAGUAUAACGACUGAUGAAAUGACAUUUCUAUACCCGAUACGAUCAAAAAUGAAUGAAACGUACUAGGUU